CUCUGGGUUGAUUUUGCUGUACAAAAAUUCAAAAUAAACAGUGGAAAAAGAAGAUCGCUAAUUUUAGUGUUAUAAAUAUUACAUUUAAUGACGAUAUAAAGGUAGGAAUUUGUUUGUUUUAUCUUGAAGCAUUUUAUAUCUGAUAUAUUUACAGUUUUACUAGUUGCAGUUGAAAACAUUGUCUUUUGUCACGUGACACUGGACAUCAUGUUUGUGAAGAGCAUUUGACAGGUUUCAUUCUGAUCAGCCAAUCAUGUUGAACUCAUCUCACGCUCAUCGAAACCUUCAACUCUAUGUUCAAAUGCUUUUGACCAACAUAUCGAUAUGCCAUUGGCCUGUUUAUAUAGAUGUGACUGGGAGACAAACAUCAAGCAAUAAUGUCUGAAAACCUGCAAACAGGCAGUAGUGAGGCUCUAUCUAUUGAGAAACUUCCAGUCCAUAUCUCGGCAGACAAAGAUAGGAAGCGGUUUUCUGGAGCUCGUGGAAAGGGCAUUCAGACAAGUAAGUGUACAGCCGUUUAUAAAACUAGAAUUCUUGUUUGUCAUAUGCACUGCUGUAGCUCUUGUUCACGCCCCCAGGGUUUGAAAACUAAUAUCUUGGCUAUUUUUAGGGGCGAGAAUUGCGAAUCAAAUACCUGAUGAAAUAUUAAACAAUGUUGAGUUGAACCAUAUGAUUAGUCAGGUUGGUCAAACAAUAAAUUAUUUCUCAAAUACCUUAGUUGGGAUGUAGGUGAUGCUCACCCCCCCCUGCUCCUUGUAACCUUAAGCACCCCCUCCACCUGAAAAUUCUGCACCCUCCCUCCCCCUGAGAAUUGCUCACCCUCCAUCAAGGGGUCAUUGGGUUUUUUUGGCAUUGCUGUAAUUACACUUGUGCGGUAUAUCGCCAUUUUAAUUCACUCCUAAAUGUCACUUUGUUUUGUGGUUUUUGACAAUUUGUAUCACUGUGUUGUGUUGCAGGAUAGCCCCUAAUGUCCCUCCUGCACACAUAUCUCUGGCAGAAUGUGCAGAAAUCUGCACACAUACCUCUGGCAGACAAGCUUGGAUAAACACAUCACUUGGAUCACCACACAAUCUACAGUGCUGCAUGUGAAAAUGACAAUAUACAAUCUUUAUUAAUUUGAACAUUAUUGUUCUGCCAUGUUUUAGCUUCCCUAUAACUACAAUUUUGAAAUUCAUAAAACAAUAUGGAGACUAAAGAAGGUCAAUGCCAAACAAGGUACUUAUCUAAUGAGAUCUAUGUUCACCAGUUAACUAAUGAGUUAAUUAAUGAUUAAUUAGCACCAAUUAACUAAUGAGUUAAUUAGUGACCAAUUAAUGCUAAUUAAUAGUCAUUAAAUGAUGGCAUCAAUCAGGAUUAAUUAAUGGUGAAUUGUCUGAUUGAUGCCAUUAAUUAAUGACCAUUAAUUAGCAUCAAUUAGUGCUAAUUAAUCAUUAAUUAACUUUGUUAAUUAUCUCUAAUUAGUUGUGAUUUAUAACUCAUUAAUUGUUACCAAGUGAAUCAAUCAGGCUCCCAAGCCAGGAAGUAUUCAUAACAUAAUUAUCAAAAGGGUGUAUUGAUUGUUAUCUAUAAUUAGUCUAUAAUUAGUUCAUUAAUUGAUUUAAUGACCUUUCUUUCAGUUGCCCUUCAGUUUCCAGAAGGAUUGCUUAUAUUUGCCUGCAUCAUUGCUGACAUCCUUGAAAAGUAAUAGAAACUUUUAGGCCCGUUUUAUACGUCGAAUUCCGGUCGCGUCGAAUGCAAAUCAAACAACAGAUAAUGAAGCUUAAUGAGUUUAUCAUCUCAUCAUCUAUUGCCUUAAUUGUAUUCGACGCGACCAAAAUUCGACGUACAAAACAGGCCUUAGUUUUCAGAGUGUUAGCUCUCCUGUUAAAGGCCGUUUUCCACCAGGCGGAAUUUUGCGCGAGGAGCGGAAUUUCUCUUUGUCUUUUCUAAUUAGUUCCACCCGAGAAAUUACAAGACAAAGAAAAAUUCCGCUCCGCGCGGAAAGUUCGGUCUACUAGUGGAAAACGGCCUUUAGUGUUGUAUUGUGUUUGUCCAGACAAAUCAUCUCCAGACUAAAUUAGGUGAAUCUUGUGUUUAGGUUUUCUGAAGUUGAGACGGUCAUUAUGGGUGAUGUGACGUACGGUGCUUGUUGUGUGGACGACUUUACAGCAAGAGCAUUAGGCUGUGAUUUCAUGAUUCAUUAUGGUCAUAGCUGUUUAA